AUGGAUCAUUCAGAUUACCUGAAUUCCUUCUCCCACUUCUCCGCACAUCCUGCUCCUAAUCCAGUGGAGAAUGGCACAUGGUACAAUGCCGAUGACACGGUUGAUACCACUUUAUUCAGCAACAACCUUCAAAGUGAUUCAACGCUUGAUAUGAACCAGCUUAAUGACAUGUACUAUCUGUCAUCCGAGUUUGCAAAUGAUGAAUGGCUAAGCUGGUUCGACGCCAACGGCCCAGAGACGCCGGAACUGUUUCCUUCUCCUGCGAGGCAGGACCCUGGCGUAUUCCAAGCUGCUACUUCAACAGCGGCCGAGAAUAUACGGUCGGAAAUGCAAACUCAGACUCCAGCUAUUGCCUCGCAAAGUAUGUCAAACGUCACUCAGUGGCUAGAUGGUGCCUACUGCCCUCCACAGCCCUGCAGCUACUGCCGGAAACACCGGCUGCAGUGCCUCAUCAUCCGUACCACACCAGCGAAUCCGAAUCCAGUAACCUCUUGUUCUAGCUGUGUUGCUCUAUUUCGAGAGUGCAGCCUGGCCCGUGGAGAAAAGCGCCAACCAUCACGGUUCGAGACGCUCUCUCCCGUGAUGGGCCACCUGCAUGGUGUCACCGAACUCGAGGAAGACGAGGGAGACCAAGAGGCAUUGGUACCAGACAUCAACUGUGUAGACAAGCAGAAGGAGUCAAAACAGUUCGUCAGAAGAGGCGUCCGGAUAUUGAAGGAAUGGUUCCGCGACCACCAUGAUUUCCCAUAUCCCUCUGAAGAUGAGAAAGCGCGCUUGGUUCGCGAGACUGGGUUUUCCAGAAAGCGCAUGUCAACAUGGUUCGCCAAUGCACGCCGCCGCCAGAAAGAGAGGUUUGAAAUUCCUCCAGCUGCUCAAAUCUGCCGAUCUGGAUCUCCAAUGCCAUCGAGCAGGCUGACCCUCAUGACGCCGAUGGAGAGAUGGCAGAAUUCACCGCCAGAGGAUGAAGCAGUACCGGAAUCAGUCAUCAUGAAUGCCAUAUCCUCUUGUGAGGUAGCACCUCCCUCAGAACCCGAAGCCGCCAUGUUCGAUUCGUUCCUGAAUCUCGACGAGACAUCGUCGCAUCUCGGUUCUUCUGUCUCUGGCAUGGGAAGUAGGCACUCACAGAGCUCGACAAGCAUCUCAUCCGCAUGGAGCCACCACUCUGGAGACAGCUCACUGCCGUUCCCGCUUCAUCACCCACAUCCGCGGGCCCGGCGGAGGAGAACUCGGGUUAGAGGCUCAAUGAACGAAGGGCAAUACCAAUGUACUUUCUGCACGCAGUCCUUCAAAAAGAAGCAUGAUUGGCUCCGACAUGAGAAGAGCGUUCACCUCCAACUCGACGCAUGGAUCUGCACUCCGCGUGUCAACGAACUCCGGCCGGGCAACUUACCAUCGGAAUGUCCAUUCUGCGAUCAUAGCUCGCCAUCCAUCGAUCACUGGAAUGACCACGAGUUUGAGGUAUGCGCGCAGAAGCCUGUGGCAGAUCGUUCUUUCAGUCGGAAGGACUAUCUGUGGCAGCAUUUGCGCAAGUUCCAUGGAUGUACCAAGCUGCCCAUUGAGAACUUGGAUCAGUGGCGUAGUGCAGGAAGUGACGUCCGCAGUCGCUGUGGAUUUUGCAAUGCGUCAUUGUCCACCUGGACAUCGCGAGGGGAUCAUCUCGCCGAUCAUUUCAAGCAAGGGUGGCGCAUGCAUCAGUGGGUUGGUGGCUGGGGCUUAGAUCCGUAUGCGUUGGGUGCCUUGCAGAACGCUAUUUUGCCUUCUGAGCGGACAAGGGAAGCUACGGCGGAGGAUUUGACUCUGUCCGCUGGCUAA